AUGGACAAGACAAGACCAAGGGGUGAACAAUACUUAGUGGCAUGGGCAAAACUGUAUCUUGCAGAUAGGCGUAAUUUUUGUCGGAUUAUAGAUCCUCGCCUUGAAGGCCAGUUCUCAAAGAACGGAGCAUUAAGGUGCACUGAUAUUGUUUCUCGCUGCCUUAGAAAGAAUGCAAAAUACAGACCUCUGAUGAGUGAAGUCGUCGAGAUGCUGACUUCUCUGCCUUUAAUCAGAGAAAUUGCCUCCACUCCUAACAUGCAAAUUGGUGUCAACUCAAAUGGCCAGAAUAGAACUAAUAUGCAGGCAGGGGUUAUUUUAGCAAAGGAUAAACAUGCAGCUGGGAGCCUCCCCUCACCAAGUGGUUCAUAUGCGUCAUCAUCUCAUUAUACCCUUACUUGCAACCGUAACAUCGUUAAUAGAAAUAUAACUUAG